UGAGAACAAUUGAAGAUGGUGGCGACGAAUCUGAAAGCGGAGACGAUGAAACUGAUGGAGAAGCGGAGUGGAAUAGAGGAGGAGAUGAAUGUCAUCAUCGAACGCCUCUGCCAGCCCGGCGGCCCUGGCCUCUCCGGCAACCUUGUCGAUUCCGAGGGGUUUCCGAGGACAGAUAUUGACAUUCCGACUGUCAGAGCUGACAGGCAUAGACUUGCUGAGUUGCGUAAUGAUCACAAGGAUAUAACGGAGAAGAUGAGCCAAAAUAUUGAGAUUCUUCAUUCUGCAAAACAUGCUACAACCACUUCAUCUGUUAAGGAUUCUGGGCCAACUGCUGGCAUGUCCGCGUCCCUUGACAAUUCUGUAGCCAUAGAUGCUUCUAGUGCCAUGGAUGCGGAUUUUGACAUCGGCAGAGCCUUUGCAAUUGUGGAUGAAAUUACUGAGUUGUCUCCAGCUGCAGAAGAUGGUUUACAACUGGGCGAUCAGAUUCUGAAAUUUGGGAAUGUGGAGAGAGGUGAGAACUUGCUGCAGCGGCUUGCUGCUGAAGCUCAAAAAAAACAAGGUGAAGCUGUCCCCUUGGUUUUGUCGAGGCAGGGUUCUCUGAUUUAUCUGACUGUAACUCCUAGAACAUGGUCGGGUCGAGGUUUACUGGGGUGCCAUUUCCGGAUCUUAUGAUGACGUAGUUAUGCACACAACUCCUUAAUAGUUGGGACCGAACUGUCUGGAGGGAAAAGAAUACUAGGUUUUUAUGUGCAUUUGAAAUAACUCUGUCACUUGUACUUACGAACGAUUAUGUAUCGUCCUGUUUUUGCGUCUCAAAUGUCAUUUGGCAGGUAAGGAUGUGAUCAUAUUGUUAGGCUAUCUAUCCUUAUAUUGAAUGUAACAGCUAAACUCGUAAUACAAGGUGAAAAACUGAGUUUUGGAGUGUGGGGGCGUGAAAA